AUGUCACAGGGAGUAGGCGUCACUCGAGAUAAAAUGGCGUUAUGUCAAGUCUGCCACAGCAUCUCUCUUGUAUUUUUGUCUUUUGUGUUGGACACGUUAAUCAAUGUUUCGCUUUGGCUUCCGGUUGACAAAUGCGUCUUCCUUGCAAAAGAUAUUCGCCUUUUCUUUUUAAUUCUUUCCGAGCUGCUAAUCGAUCUAAUCAGUAAACUGAUUUCUUUCCCGAGGUUCAUUCACUUGUCCCUUCGCACGCUUCUUACUUUCUUCCCUUCCGUCUCUCUCUCUCUCUCUCUCUCUCUCUCUCUCUCUCUCUCUCUGUGUUCUUUAAUUUUCUCAGUCUUAUUUCCCCUUUUUUGUCUUUUCUUCAUUCUUAUUUCCUUCUUACCAUUCUAUACCUCUUUCUCCUUCUUUCCUUUCUUUAUAUUCAAUACUAUUUUUAAGUAUCUCACAUCUGGCCUGGAUCAAAGUGUAGUACGCUGCCUUUGUGAACUUCCGGUGCUUUUGUCGAGAGCGUUACUCUUCGGUGCGAUCCGCCCUGGAAGGUUUUUCUCCAAUCAAAAUAAAAUAUUGAGAACAAAAGAUGCAAACAUUUUCCGUUGGCAGCAUACGAUUUCAAAAUUACAAGCUUUCUUUUCUCUCACACCUACUCCCAUUUCCCCACCCUUCUCUAUCCUUUUGUCUCUUUUCUUUCCCUUUGCCCCCCUCUCCCCAUUGUUUUAA